CUGUGCUCUAGUUUUAAAAUGCAAAGGUAUGAUGUUAUUUGUCACCAUGCCCAAAAAAGUCCUUACUCGAUAACUUUGCCAGAAGAGGGAGAGAGAGAGAAGGCAAAUGUUCCCCCAGCUGUUUCCUGUCUACAGUGUCUGUGUUUUGUAGAUAAAUGUGAGGAUUUUCUCUAAAUCCCUCUUCUGUUUGCUAAAUCUCACUGUCACUGCUAAAUUCAGAGCAGAUAGAGCCUGCGCAAUGGAAUAAAGUCCUCAAAAUUGAAAUGUGACAUUGCUCUCAACAUCUCCCAUCUCUCUGGAUUUCUUUUUGCUUCAUUAUUCCUGCUAACCAAUUCAUUUCCAGACUUUGUACUUCAGAAGCAAUGGGGAAAAUCAGCAGUCUUCCAACCCAAUUAUUUAAGUGCUGCUUGUGUGAUUUCUUGAAGGCCAAGAUGCACAUCACGUCCUCCUCACAUCUCCUCUACCUGGCCCUGUGCUUACUCACCUUCACCAGCUCUGCCGCGGCCGGACCCGAGACGCUGUGCGGGGCUGAGCUGGUGGACGCUCUCCAGUUUGUGUGUGGAGACAGGGGCUUUUAUUUCAACAAGCCCACAGGGUAUGGCUCCAGCAGUCGAAGGGCACCUCAGACAGGCAUUGUGGACGAGUGUUGCUUCCGGAGCUGUGAUCUGAGGAGGCUGGAGAUGUACUGUGCACCCCUCAAGCCUGCCAAGUCUGCUCGUUCUGUCCGCGCCCAACGCCACACCGACAUGCCCAAGACUCAAAAGGAAGUACAUUUGAAGAACGCAAGUCGAGGGAGUGCAGGAAACAAGAACUACAGGAUGUAGGAAGACUCUCCUGAGGAGUGAAGAAUGACAUGUCACCACAGGAUCCUUUGCUCUAUACGAGUUACCUGUUGAACAUUGGAACACCUACCAAAAAAAAAGAAUUUUGAUAACAUUUAAAAGAUGGGCAUUCCCCCCAAUGAAAUAUACAAGUAAACAUUCCAACAUUGUCUUUAGGAGUGAUUGUUAAAGCUUUGCACCUUGCAAAAAUGGUCCUGGAGUUGGUAGAUUGCUGUUGAUCCUUUAUCAAUAAUGUUCUAUAGAAAAAAACAAAAUAUAUAUAUAUAUAUAUAUAUAUAUCUUAGUCCCUGCCUCUCAAGAGCCACAAAUGCAUGGGUGUUGUAUAGAUCCAGUUGCACUAAAUUCCUCUCUGAAUCUUGGCUGCUGGAGCCAUUCCUUCAGCAACCUUGUCUAAGUGGUUUAUGAAUUGUUUCCUUAUUUGCACUUCUUUCUACACAACACAGGCGGUUUGUUUUACAGUGUCUGAUAAUCUCGUUUGUCUGUCUCCAACCACCUCUCUUCAUAACCUUUAUAUUUGCCGAAUUUGGCCUCCUCAAAGAGCAGCAAGUAGUCAAGUAGCACACCAAUUUUUAACCCGCCAGAUUCCAUCUGUGGCAUUUAUACCAAAUAUAAGUUGGAUGCACUUAUUUUAGACACAAAGCUUUAUUUUUCCACAUCAUGCUUACAAAAGCAAUGCAAUUAUUACAACUUUGAGGCCAAUCAUUUUUAGGCAUAUGUUUUAAAUGUAGAAAGUCUCUUAAACUCUAAACAGUUCCCUCAAAUGAUAAGUUAGUGUGCAAAACGAUUAGUAACUUUUCUCUUUUUAUUUUUUCCAUAUAGAGCACUAUGUAAAUUUAGCAUAUCAGUAAUACAGGAUAUAUCGAACAGUAUGUAAAACUCUGUUUUUUAGUACAAUGGUGCUAUUUUGUAGUUUGUUAUAUGAAAGAGUCUGGCUAAAACGGUAAAAGGUGAAAGCAAAACAGAAGGAAGCCUGGAGCCAAAGAGGAAAGACAGAGAAAGAGGACUGACAGAUCCAUCUAUAGGGGAAAGCAGGGAAAGCACCCCCCAAUUACACCUUCCAAGAGGAACUUAAGGCACAAAAGUCUACUAAUACAAAUUUGAUUCGCGAGUCCAGAGAGGAAGCCUCGGAAUGGGAAAUGCAGAGGGCUAGGAAUUCUAAUAGUCCUGGUUUCUUUUUCUCACUGCAGACACAAACAUCUGCCAGCUCUGCCAUGGAUUCACCACUAUGUGACCUUGGGCAAGUCACUUCACCUCUCUGUGCCUCAGUUUCCUCAUCUGCAAAAUGGGGGCAAUACAUCAUCUACCUACCUCAAAGGGGUGGUAUGAGGAUUAAAAUGAUAAAGCGUAAGAUUUUUACCCUGGGUUGCUAUGAGGGUACAAAAUCAGAGCCCUUGCAUUGCUGGGAUGGAAUUCUAUAAACAACCCAUUCACAGCAUAAUUGGAGAUUAAUCCUGACAUCCAAACUCUUGUCUGUGAAGCUAUCCAUUUAAACUGCCCAACUAACUCGUUGUUAAAAGCUCAAUACCGUUUUAAACACUUUUUUAAAAAGUUAGAAAUAUUUGGUUUAGUAUUCGAUUUUGGAUGCUGCAUUUAGACUUAUGAAUAUAAAGAUAAGUGGAAAGAGAGAAAAGAAAAGAACAAAAGGAGAAAAAUGAGAAGAUUUCUAUAUCAGUGAAAAGGAAUUAAUUACUACCCAAUUCUAGCACUCACAGACUCUUCCAAGCAGUUUGCUAAAUAUCUAAUAAAACCUCUUUUAAUAUUGUAAGUGAUGCUCUAUUAAUUUUAAAAAGCACAUUUAUUCCUUCUUUCUAGGCAAUAAGAAAAAUGAUCCAAGAUUUUAAAUUUUGAAAUAAUAUCUAAUAAAAAGUCACAAAAUUGCUUUCUUUAAUGGACUUUACUCUUAUUCUUAACUGAAUAUACAUAUACACAUUUCUUUUAAUUUUUGUUAAAACAUGCUUAACUAGAGCAUGUUGCUAGCUGAGUGGCAAACAUUUCCUUCACAGUUAGAAAUUUCCCCUUAUGUCUUCUUGGAAGGAUAGCACAUAGCUCUCUGCGGAUGUGUCUUAUCCAUUCAACUGAAAAUUGGUAUCAAGAAAAUCCCAGGGUGAGGAUGGGCCCAUUGUAACCUAGAAAGUGGUCCUUGUCUGUAGAUCAAGAUUUUCUGAUUAGAAUAAGGAACUGUCUAGCAUUCAGAUCUUUUUAUUUACCUUAGAACAUUUCAGUAAAAAGCACCCAGGUUUGAUUAUUACAUGCAAAUGUUAUCCUUUAUAUUCUUGGAAAGUAUAAAUGAAGAACAAAACAACAUCUUCAGUUUUCCUCCCACUGGGUCACCUCAAGAUUCAGAGGCCAGAAAAUAAACAAACAAAAAAACUUCCUGGAUUUCUGAAUGUAUGCAAAAGGAAGGGCCUAUUUAGUGGAGCACUCCUGCUCAGUCAAUGAGCAUUUAAACUCUCAGUCCAGCCUUAUUACACUUGAAUUGAGGCCCCCCAGGGUCAUGCUGGGCAGCGUCCUGAUCACUGCAGACAGAUGAAAAAGAAACUAGAUGUCAUUUUAGCCCUCGGCCUGUAAACAGCACUUCAGAUUUUUAUUUUUUGUUCCCACUGUGUACUUUUAAAAUGACUGACCCUCAGCGAAGCUUUACAGGCAGUCUUCCACAGACUUAGAGGUUCUCUGACAUAAUUGGAUAUGACAAUUCUAAGAGUGUCCAUGAUUUAUUUUAUUCGUUUAAUUCUAUUCAUAGUCAAAAAUCUCUCCAUGAGGAAAGCUUAAAUAUGUGAAGCCAUAUUAUCUUUUUUAACUUUUUCCUCCAGGCAAUCCUCUACAACUGGUUAUAAAUCAACUAAUUAAAAAUAACUAAUGAUACCACUGCUACUAUUUUAUUUUUAAAUGAUUUAAACUAGAAGACAAAUGAUUUAAUCUGAAAGUCAGUUGAUGGCUAAGUACUAUAGCAGAGUAAUCCAAGCUUGCUUGAAGGUGCACCUAAAUUUCACCGCUCAAACUGUAUAGGCUUUGCUUUAGAAUUACAUGGCUUUAGACUUUUAAAAUGGCCAAUUUCAAGAUGUUUGUAAAAGAAUUGUACAUAUUGGUAAAAAUGAGCUUUCGACUUAUGAGCUUAUUUGCAAUUUAACUGACAAUCAACAAUACUCAAUAACUAGGUCAAAUUUCUGUUCCCACUUCCCUAACUAGAAUGAAAUAUUAUUUGAACAUUUCAAGAUGAGGAGGCUGCGCUGAAAAGAUUAAUGCAUCUCUUCAUCAGAAUCUGCUCUUCUGGGGACAAGAAAAUCUCUACACGCACACACAAAUACACACAUAUGCAAACAUUCAUACUAAGAAUCUAAUGUAAUACUGAUAAUAAAUCACUUCCUUGAAAUUCUUAUUAAAAAUAAAAAACAAAACUCUUUGCCUCCCUUCAGAAUCCUUCCCCUUCUUGCAAUGUCAAUGUUUGUGUAGAUGAAACCAUCUCUGGUACUGUGGCUCCAGGGUUUCUGUUACUAGUUUCUACCCUUGGGAGAAGGCUUAGAAUGAAAGACAUAGCACAUUUUGCUUUCCCAUUUAUUGUUUGGCCAGCUAUGCCAAUGUGGUGCUAUUGUUUCUUUAAGAAAGUACUUGACUUAAAAAAAAAAAAAAGAUAAAAAAAGAAAGCAUAGACAUAUUUUUUUAAAGUAUGAAAACAACAAUUCUAUAGAUAGAUGGCUUAAUAAAAUAGCAUUAGGUCUAGCCACCACCACCUUUCAACUUUUGAUCACUCGCAAGUAGUAUACAGUUCACCAAAUUGUGAAUUUGGGGGUACAGGGGCAGGAGAUGGAAACUCUUAAAAGCUAGAAGGCUGCAUUAUUUUGUUGGCUCUCAAACUUAGCAAAAUUAGCAAUAUAUUAUCUAAUCUGAACACCUUGAUCAAGAGCAUGUAGUAUGAAUGGAAAGCAAGAAAAAAGAUCUUAGUAGGCAAAUGGCAGAACUAAAAAGAUGAGUAGGUUACUCUUGAUUUUUGUGCUCUCUGUUCUAAAACAGAUAUUCAGCAAGUGGAGAAAAUAAAAACAAAAAGAGAAAAAAUACAGAUAUUUAUCUGAUAAAAAUCACUUCUGCCACAUCCCCCUUGGGUAUUUUUUGGCAUUUACUGGUUUAUAGAAGAUAUUCUUCCUUCACCCAAACAUCUCAGAGAACAGUAGCUCUCAUAAAAAGCAAUUACUGAUCUCACUGGGAAAUGUUGGGAAGUAUUUCCUUAUGAGAUGAGGGUUAUCUACUGAUAAAGAGAAGAAUUUAUGAGAAAUCGUUGAAAGAGAUGGCUAACAAUCUGUGAAGAUUUUUUUUGUUUUCUGUUUUGUUUUUUGGGUUUUUUUUUUUUUCACUCUAUACAGUCUUUAUGAAUAUCUUAAUGUUCAAAAUGACUUGGUCCUUUUCUUCUUUUUUUUAUAUUGGAAUGAGGAAUGAUAAUAUUAAACCCAUAUAGAUUUUAAAACUAUAGGCUAGAUAGAAAUGUAUGUUUGACUUGUUAAAACUAUAAUCAGACUAUUUAAAAUGUUUUGCUAUUUUUAAUCUUAAAAAGAUUGUACUAACUUAUUAGCUCAGAACCUGUUUGGCUCUCCUUAUAAGAAAGAGUGUUCCCAUGCAAAUUAUGUGGGCUUCCCAUCAAUGUUUUCCAAAGAUAAAUCUGAUUUGCGUUAUGGCAUCAUUUAUUUCAAAAUAUAAAAAAUUAUGAGUCUUUAUGCCCCUCCCUUGCAAAGGUCAUAACGGCCAGAAUCUGAGGGGACAACAACAAAAGGAAAAUGUUGUUGAUUCUCUGUUUUUGCUUCAUUUGCAAUGCUAGCAUUUAUUCCUGUAAUACAUAUCUGCUUAUUUCUUUGUAAUAUUCUAUAAGACUUUCCUUUAGUUAUUAGAAAGUGAUACAUAGAUUUUUUUUGUGUGUGUGUAAUUUCUAUUUAAAAAAAAGAAGAGGACAAGAAGACUGAAGCUUUAAGUGCAUAUGGUACAGGAUAAAGAUAACAAUUUAAAUAACCAUGUCCUCUCUAGAGCAAGUAGUAUAUAGUAUGUUUCUUUUUUUAAGGAAAUCUCUCACGGAUGAGACAGAGGCCCAGGGGAUUUGUGAAAUUGUCUUUAUUCGUCCCAGUCCUUAUUAUUUUAGUAUCUGCCUUAGAAUUUCACAGAGAGCUGACUAAGCUGAAACCUUAGAAUUAAAGGAACCUUAUUAAAGACAUACAUUUCACAUAUUCCCUUUUAAUGUAUGAUUACAUUAAUCUUAAACGGGGUCCUUCUCUCUCCCCAUUUUUCAGCUGUGAUUGUUACAGUGUUUCAAGAAAAGAAAAAAACAACACUUCCCUUUAUUUAAUAAAAAAGAGAGAGAGAAAUUGAGGGAGAGGACACAAAAAUCCAAAUGUUACUGCCUAUCUGAAAUACAAGCUAAAAUGGAGAUAGAUUUCUCCUACUUAAUAACUCGAGCUGAAUCACCUGUGACUUUUCACAGUCCUUAGAAUCUGCCUUUUGUCAAAUCGCCCAGGCUUGAAAGUAAACAUUACUCAUCUUCUUUUGCCCAAAAUGCACUGAUGUAAAGUAGGAAAAAUGAAAACAGAAUUCUAAAAUCCCUUUCAAGCCACCAUUGACCCCACUUACUGACUCAUAGCAAAGUUACUCCUGUUAAUCCCUUAAUCUGAUUUUGUUUUGAUAUUUAUCUUGUACCUGCUGCUAACACACUGCAGGAGGGACUCUGAAACCUCAAGCUGUCUACUCACAUCUCUUAUCUGUGUCUAUGUAUCAUUAAAAUGUCUGUUCAAAAUAUCAAAAACUUUCAAACAUCAUGCAGCUUAUAUUCAGUUUACAUAAAGGCCCCAAAUAUCAAGUCAGAUCUCUUUUUGCUAAGAGAGUUAAUGAACUAUGAGAAUUGGGAUUACAUCAUGUAUUUUGCCUCAUGAAUUUUUAUCACACUUAUAGGUCAACUGUGAUAAGUAAACUUACAGACACUGAAUUAAUUUUCCCUGCUAUUUUGAAACCAGAAUUAAUGAUUGGUCAUUCAUUAUACCUGUCUUAGUUGAAAAACAUAUUUUUUAUUAAAUUAAUUCUGAUUAUAUUUGAAAUUGUUAUUCAAUUCACUUAUGGCAGAGGAAUAUCAAUCCUAAUGACUUCUCAAAAAUGUAACUAAAUGAAUCAUUAUCUUACAUUUACUGUUUAAUAAGCAUAUUUUGAAAAUGUAUGGCUAGAGUGUCAUAAUAAAAUGGUAUAUCUUUCUUUAGUAAUUACAUUAAAAUUAAUCAUGUUUGAUUAA